AAAUGGUCUCCCUAGCAACCGUGUGUUGAGCUCAGGUCGUGCUGGUACACAUCGUGAGGUUUUCCAGUGAGUACUGACAACUUCAAGCAUGAAUCCAAGUUUAACAUGUGUGGCAGGAAAGUCUCAGCGCUUCAGCGAGACUUCAUCUGUCCAUCAUUACUCCCAUGUCCAGUGCAGCAGCGUGGUCUCAUCCCCAGUUUGUCGUGACGGUGCAGAUGGCAAAGUGUCCAGACAGGAAGCUGCACAGUUUCUCAGUGAGGCAGACAAGCUCAAGAGACAGAUUGAAAAGUUGGAGAAAGACAGAACACUUCAGUGGCGAAAGAAUGGUUGCACAGAUGUGUCCGGAGAACUGGACGAGUAUGAAAACGUUUUGGAGGCCGAAAGAAAUGUGGAAAAGUUUAAUUACCAAAAGCAACUUGUGAAGAUUCAGAAUGGCGUGAAGAAAUUUCAGAGGCAGCUAAUAGAUGUGAAGCCGACUCCUGAGUUGAUUGAGAGACUGAAGGAAAUAAUGACAGAGGUGGCAAAUUUAAUCAGCACAUUCAAAGAAGAGCAGCGCUCACGCUUUGAGGAACUUCUGAAGGAGGAGAAGAUGUGCCAGCAGGAGAUCACUGCUUAUGAGAAGAUAGAAAACUGGAACCUUGUUGUCAAAUUGGACUCAAAACCCUGUGCAUCUUCCACAGUGAAGAUCAAACCAGUGGACAGAGAACAUCCUGUAGAGGUCAGAGCAUUGGAGUCUUUCCUCCAGAGAACAGGGGGUGCAUGUGGCGGCUGGGACCAAUACGACCACCAAACCUUCCUUAAGGUGUGGAUGAAGCACAGUGGACAACCAGCCUACAGAUCGGAGGCCAAACUACACCUGCCAGGUAAAACCCUGGAGGAGAUUGAGCAACAUGAGGACUGGCAUCAGAAACUGAUCCACCUACAAGACAGGAAAAGAGAGGCUAUUCAGCGGUGGAAGGCCAGCAAGCAGCAGAACAGACAGCAGCAAGAGGAGGCAGAAACCGAAAGGACGGAGAGAGAGGCCAAACGACAAGCCCAGCAACACAGGGCUGAGCGGGAAAGGAUGGAGGUGUCACACCGACUGAAAGAGUGGAGGGAAGAGAGGAAAAAGAAAGAGGAAGAGAGAGAGAAGCAAAGGCUGGCUGAGGAGCUACACAAGAGGAGGCAGGCAAAGGAAGAGCGUCACCGUCAGCUGGAGGUAAAGCUCAUCAUUGAAGAGCAGCUACGACAACAGACAGCAGAGAAAGAGGAAGAGAAGAGGAGGAGGCAAGAUGAGGAACAGAAAGCAAGUGACAAGAGGAGGAAGGAAGCAACUAAGAGCAUCAAACACUUCAGUGAGCGGGAUCUUCACAAGCUUGAGACAAAGCUUCAAGAGAAACAGCUGAGGGAGCAACAGGUAGAGGAGCGACAGAAGAGAAUUGCUGCUAAGUUUAAAGAGAAGGUGGACAGUCACGUCAGCAGUGAUCCCUCCAGGCUUACUCGCCCCACUAAAGGCUGGGAAGAGCGAGUGAAGCAUGUUGGAUCUUCAGGGGGCGGUCCUAUGCUGCAGAUGUUUCACAGAGCUGUUCCCACUUGGAGACAAGGCCUAUAAUUAGCAGCAGCAGAAGCCAACUGGACUUAGGUGAUGUUAAACCUCUUAUCUGACCUUUGUGAUCCUUAAAGUGAAUGCUUGGUGGUGGCACCAGAGGCAUAUGCUCUUGUGAUUAUCUUGGUCUCUCUAUGUAAUUAUAUUGGUAUUUAUUUAUGUAUGUGUAUAUGUUUGCAAGAUGUCUUAGGAAUGCCUAAUCCAAACUUUAUCAAACUUGGCAGGUACUUUUGGUUCAUGGAUUUGAAGAAAAUAUUUGAUUUUUGGUGAGGUUUGAUCAAGGAAUAAGGUGAGAGGGCAAGGUCAAAUUUCUGGCUUCAUGCUCAUAUGUAGGACAUACUUUACUGUUAGUGAACUUUACUGAUGAAAAGCCCAUGUAACAUUUUCAUUGCAUGCUUGAUACUUUGAAAUUUGUUUGUGGUGACACUAUACUGUUUGAGCACUUUUGACGUCUACACAAACAACCAAGUCUGGCACACCAAGGUAUGUUCUUCAUAGCAACUGUAAAUAAAUGUACAUAUUAAUUAGGUCAUGGGGACAUUUAGUGUAGCAGAGGCACACAAUGCUCUGAGUCCUAUUCAGGUUUUUCCAGAUAUUAUUAAUAGAACUCAGUUAACAAAGGUGAUAAUGCCUUUAUUUGAAUGUUUUGAUCCUAUUUUGUAAUGUUGUUUCCUGUUAUUUAAUUGUUGGAAGCCCAGAUAAAAUCAGGAUGGGUCAGCUUCCAUUUAAAAAAAAAAAAAAAAACGAAAAAAAAAAGUGGAAAAACCCCAGCACAAAAUAA